GGUGAGCUGCACUAGUCCUGAGAGCCACAAACUCAGAGAAGUAGUCCAGCAUUCCCAGAAACACCCAGCCCGACUCCUGCAGCUACAGCACACAUUAACUCAACUUGUUAGCAAAGAUUCAUUCAAUCAGCGAGGUGACGCUAAUUGACAGCCUCCUAUUUCUGUGUCUCACGCUGAACUGAGCUCAUUCAGAUCACGGCAGCUUGUUACACCUAAACUCAGAGCCGACCACAGCAGAGAUGAUGAUUGGGAUGCACCAACACUCACACAGCUUGCUGGUCCUUUUCCUUGUGUUCUUCGUUGCCGGGAUAGUUCUCUCUGGCCCCUCAACUCCCCGCAGGAGCAGAGUGCGACGUCAGAACAUGAAAGUCCGUAUCAAAGCCACAGGAGACACCAUUGUGAUGACGUUUUUGCGUCCCAACCCUGACACCAAGCUUGAGGGUUACAUCCUGGGCUACGGCAGCAGCAUGUUCUCCAAACAGUUCAUUCAGCUGCCUGAGAACGGACAGCCGUAUGAGACUGAGUUUGAUGCUGAACCCAAGUACCUUAUCGCUGUGCAGCCCAUCCCAACCAAUGAGGUGAAAAAGCAGUGCACAGGUAAAGUGGAACUGCAGAAGCCGCUACACCUAGUCAUUGGGUCAGUGACCCCCACCUCAGUUAUCUUGUCUUGGGGGACCCUUCUGAAAACUCCCUAUGAAGGCAACGUCAUGAAUGACUGUCUAGAGGAUGGACACUACACAGUGCGUUAUCGUGAGAGAAACAGGAAGUGGAACUACCAGACCUGCCCAACUAGCGACACGGUCAUUGAUAACCUGAGGCCCAACACAGUCUAUGAAUUUGGUGUCCAGCCCAACUCUAAGGAUGGCACUGGAGUGUGGAGCAAGCCAGUCAUUCACAACAUCUCAGGGGGCAUUGAGGAGAAGGCCAUCAGGAAAAUCUUGAAACCUCAUGUCAACCCUGUGAAACCUUUAACACCAGAUCCACACUCCUCCCCCUUUCCUCCUCGUCAUGUUCUCCAUAACAGGACCCAGGGCAGACUGCCCGUCCCCCGGAACAUAGCCCCAAAGACAACUCUUGCUCCCACAACAACUACUAGACAUGAAUCUCUGCUGACCCCUGGACCCACCCUGCCUGUGGUCACCAAACGGCCAAUCGGAGGAGGAGACCUUUCCAGAUCUGUCUUGCCUCCUUUGAUGGAGGUCCUUUUAGUUCCCAAGCCCCGUCCUCCACUACACACAACCACCAUGGCUUCUGUACCAGUUCCCCAUACAGAUGUAGAGAAACAUGGAGAACAUCCUCUGAGACAACAUCCCCAGUCACAUUCACAACCUCAACCAAACCCCCUGCUCCAGCCCCAGUAUCAGCCACCACCACAGCCAAAUCCCCAAAGACAAAAAUAUCAAAUGUCAUCCCAGCCCAUACCCCAGACCCAACCGCAACCCCAGCUCACAUCCCAACCCAUACUCCAGACACAACCCCAACUCACAUCCCAACCCAUACUCCAGACACAACCACAACCCCAACUCACAUCCCGACCCAUACUCCAGACACAACCCCAACCCAAAUCCCUGCCUAUACUCCAGACACAACCCCAACCAACAUCACAGCCCAUACUCCAGACCCAAACUCAACCUCAAUCCCAAUCAACAUCCCAGCCCCAAAUCCAGACCCAACCUCAAUCACAACCCCCAUCAUCACCAAAGCCACACCCCCAGUCACAGCCUAAAACCACAACCCAGAUCCAGGCUGAACCUCAAACAACACACCAGCCCAAACAACAGGCCCAACCUCAAACACAUCUGCAUAUAAAGACCCAGCCUCAAGUUCAAACACCUCCCCAGCCCACACCCAUGGCACAUCCUCAAACACCUCAAACAACACUACAUAACGUACCGCAGACCCAACAAGCACUGCCAAACCUACAGCCCCAACCUCAACCACAAUUUCGAUCUACAACUGAGCCACAAACCCUAACACAACCUCAAACAAAGACCAACCCACAGCCUCAGCCACAACCUCCACUAAAAACCAAUCCAGAGCCUCAACUGACCACCAAGCAGCAGUCUAAGGCCCAACCAACACUUAAACCAAAGAUCAUCCUUUUCCGACCCAAGCUCAAAACACAGCCUCAACCAAAUAGUCAACCCAAGCCCCAGCCACCACUUAAAACAAAAAAGCAGCCAAAGCCUCAACGACACCCUCAAACAAACAAACUGCCCAAACCUCAACAAAAGCCCCGACCUAGGGACCAACAAGAACCUCACCCAAAUAUUCAGCUGUGGCCCCAAACAAAACCUCCAACAAAGACCCAGGCCCAACCUUUAUCUCAUUCUCAACCCAUUCCCCAACAACAACCUUCAACAAAUGGCCAGACUCAAUCCCCACUUGAACCUCCUUCCAAGCCACAACCUCAACCUGGGCUUCAGUCUCAGACCAGGAUCUACUCUGAUCCCACCAAGGUCACCCCAAGGCAGGCAGUCUCUACGGCUCCUAGUCCACCAGAAGAGGGCAAGCCUCUACCAAGACCUGCCCUGGCUACAGAGAAGGCUGGUAGUUACAAUCAGGGUACUGGCGUCCUUAGACCAUCCAUUGCUGAAGUUCCUCGUUCUCCCAUUAGCUCUUCAGUUCCUCUAGCAGGAAACAACACCACGCCGACCAGGACCCGGGUUCUUCCUCAUUCCACUCGUAAUAGAGGCAGACCAGUUUCUCCAUUCAAGACAUCCACCUCUUCUCACAGCUCCAGCACACCUGGGGCCGAUGGGGCGCAUCAUAGGGGCAAUGCUCUUCCUAAACCUGUGGUGUGGUCCGGAGAGAAAACUGUCCCUGCAGUCCUGCGUCUCCCUAUUGUCAACAAGAGCCCCAACCUGGUGGCGGAUACUAGUGACCACGAUAAACCCAUGGACCUGAAACAAGACAAGGAGUCCGUCUUGAAUCUAUUCCCUCUGGUCACAGCCAAGCCCAAGCAAGAGCGCAGACAGCAGCAGACAACCACCUCUGCCCCAGCAGUAAACACAACCCGUUUUGACAUAAAUGAAAACUCCUCCAUAUUCCGGCCCUUGCCUGCGUCAGAGGUAGACAUCAUGGGCAAGAAGCGCUUUGUGGCUCCACAUGUGAUCUACAAGACCGAUAAGAAGCCAGAUGAGCCAUGCUCCAUCACCUCCUCCCUCUCUUACUUCCCUGACGAGGAGGGAAGUGAUCAGAAUGUGACUGGUCCUCCCCGCAUCCCCCCCUCCAACCUUACUGUGGUUACUGUGGAGGGCUGCCCGUCUUUUGUCAUUCUUGACUGGCAGAAAUCUGACAACGAAACCAGAGAGUAUGAAGUUGUAUCCACCACUAAAGGACCAAAUGGAGAGGAGGUGUCCGUACUGACGACCAACCAGACACACACAGCCGUGGAGAAUCUUAAACCAGAGAGCAGUUACGAAUUCACAGUAACACCAAAGAAUGAGCUGGGAACAGGACCCUCCAGUGAUCCUGUGUCUUUUAGCACGGAAUCAGCGGAUCCACGAGUGAGCGAACAUGUUUCAGGCAAAGACGCCAUCUGGACUCAGUUCCCAUUUAAAUCCGAUGACUACUCUGAAUGCAAUGGAAAGCAGUAUGUGAAGAGAACUUGGUACCGAAAAUUUGUGGGCAUUCAGCUCUGCAACUCCUUGAGAUACAAGAUUUACCUGAGUGACUCUCUGAAUGGGAAGUUUUACAACAUUGGAGAUCAGACGGGGCACGGUGAGGACCAUUGUCAGUUUGUAGACUCCUUUCUGGAUGGACGGACCGGCACCCAGAUGUUUGCUGACCAGCUACCGAGCAGGCCAGGAUUUUAUAGAGCGAUGAGACAGGAACCUGUCAACUUUGGAGAGAUUGGAGGGAAGUCACAUGUUACUUACGUAGGCUGGUACGAGUGUGGCACGCCCAUCCCUGGGAAGUGGUAAGACCCCACAGGGCUGUCCAGGAAGGAUGACUUUCUUGGUCGGGAAGAAGACGUCUCACUAAGCCUGAAGGGAGGUUGGCCUUUCUUUCAUGUUACCAUGGACACUGUACCAUAGUAGACACCAUGGGUCUGUCUCGUUGAACUCAGCCUAUUCUCCCAGGUAUGAACAUGUAGGAAUAUUAAAUGUCCCAAAAUUCUAUUGAGUGCAUUUGUACCAUUGGUCUUAAUUUCUGUAUUUAUCAAAAAUGCAUUCAGCGAAGGAAUGCAGGGGUUUGAGUGUUGAAUAUGCAGUAAUCACAGAGAAAAUGUUGGGAAGCUGGCUCCCAAAGUGUAAUAACUUGUAUGAUAUUAUUUAUCAAAGGGGAUUGCUAUUGAAUAUUCUGUGUGUGCUCGGGCUUUUGAGAUGAGAAAGUAAAACUCAUUCACAAUACUUGCAUUUCACACACAAAUUGUGUCAUUUGUAUACAGAAAGGUGCCAAUCAUACUUUCAGUGUACAUUUGGACUAUGUAAAAUACAAGUACACACAGACAUGCAGAAUUGACCUUCUGCUAGCCCUAAGGGAUUAUUAGCAGUUGCAGUUUGCACAGUAUUAAGCCUUUGUUUAUAUAUGUAUAUGGUGUGAAAUACAGUAUGUAUACCAGGGAUCAUAUAGUUUGAUACAUUUCAGGUACAAGAUAAAACAGCUUUUAGCCAAAUUGUUGAUUUAUUAUAAGAAAAACAAAGCUUGAGUGUUUCUAUGGGGUCACUUGGAAAGAUUAAUGUAUUUUUAAUGCUUGUGCAGACUUGUCAUAUAUUUUAUAAAAGAAUAAAAUAUAUAUAAAAAAUAUAAACUGAGCUUCAAUGUGGAAAUGACAUAAUUUAUGUUUUGUUUUCAAACUCACAACAAAGUGUACAUAAAGCUAUAAAUCAUUGGAGAGAAAUUGUUAGGUUUCUUCCACAUCUGUCAUGACUACGGUUGUUUUUGAUGCACCAUGUAUGUUUUCAGCAAUAAAUCUUGUUUUUUAUA